GUCAAAGUUCAAUCACACAUGCCAAGAGAAACAAACAACGGAACAUCAACAAAGACCAGAGCGAGGUGACAGAAAAUCGAAAUKAUUUUCUUAUAUACUUUUGGGAGCGACACAGCAAGACAAGUGGAAUCAGCCACUUAUAAGCUCACUGACUCAGUGGUCACGACGAAUGCAGCUGAGAGUGAAGGAUGGCAGGUGUUUUCGAUAUUGACCUGGGGUCGGACGACCUUAGCGAUGCAGAGGAUGACGUUUGUGACUUCACCGUAGCAGAGACAGACCCUGUUCAGACAGAAGAGAUAGAGCUGACCAGUGCCAUUGUCAACAGAGACAGUGAGAGGAUUGGACCAGACAGCUUUGAGCUGCUAAGUGUGCUGGGCAAGGGGGGCUACGGCAAGGUUUUCCAGGUACGGAAAGUGCAGGGUACACAGACGGGGAAGAUAUUCGCCAUGAAGGUUUUAAAGAAGGCGAAGAUAGUGUGCAACGCUAAGGACACGGCCCACACGCGUGCAGAGCGGGAGAUUCUGGAGACAGUGCGGCACCCCUUCAUCGUGGACCUGCUGUACGCCUUCCAGACCGGGGGUAAACUCUACCUCAUCCUGGAGUGUCUCAGUGGUGGAGAACUGUUCAUGCAGCUGGAGAAAGAAGGAAUCUUCAUGGAGGACACUGCCUGUUUUUAUCUGGGUGAGAUUGUGCUUGCUUUGGGACACCUCCACUCAAACGGAAUCAUCUACCGAGACCUGAAACCAGAGAAUAUCAUGCUGAACCACCAAGGACACAUCAAGCUGACUGACUUCGGCCUGUGUAAGGAGUCCAUUCAUGACGGCGCUGUCACGCACACCUUCUGUGGGACCAUAGAGUACAUGGCUCCAGAGAUUCUGACGCGUACCGGACACAACCGGGCGGUGGACUGGUGGAGUCUUGGUGCCCUGAUGUAUGACAUGAUGACGGGCUCGCCUCCGUUCACUGCUGAGAACAGGAAGAAGACCAUUGAUAAGAUCUUGAAGUGUAAACUCAACCUACCGCCCUACCUCACACUGGACGCCCGAGAUAUGAUCAAAAAGCUGCUGAAGAAGAGUCCUUCUCAGAGGCUAGGCUCCAGUGCGGCAGACUGUAAAGACAUACAGAAGCAUCCCUUCUUCAGACACAUCAACUGGGACGACCUGCUGAAUAAGAGGUGUGAGCCGCCCUACAAGCCAUGCCUGCAGUCAGAUGAGGACGUGAGUCAGUUUGACACGAGGUUCACCAAGCAGACUCCGGUGGACAGUCCUGACGACUCCACAAUCAGCCACCAGCACGAACACGCCUUCGCUGGUUUUACCUAUGUGGCUCCCUCUGUGUUGGAGAGUCUGAAGGAGGGCUUCUCCUUUGAGCCACGGACACGUCCCGUACGCAGACACAACAGCAGCCCACGCACCCCCAUCAGUCCUCUCAAGWUCUCUCUCCCCGGGUCAUUCGCCAAGUCCACAGGGGGAGGAGAGAGCGAGUCCGACCUUCUCUCCCAGWCCUCGUUCCGUCUCCCGCCAACAACCCCGCCCACCGACAACGGCGCCACGCAGCCGAUCAGCACACCAGGCCGGAACAAGAAGCAGAAGUGUAACCGGAGAUGAACUGGAGUAAGCCGAGUCAGGAGGAGUCUGAACUUUUGGCCGCGUUCCAGGCCGACUACUUUCCAGACGUGCCGCACGCCUCCGCCAAACGGCUGUUUGCCACGUCAUCGACAGUUGGGUGCAGGUUGCUAUAUCAUACGAUGUGGUUAGCUGAUAUGUUUAACACCUAUCCAGGCGUUGUGACGUCUMGCAGACGACUGCUAGUCCGUCUGGAACGCGGCCGUUCUCAGGGGGCCUUGUGUUUCUCACAGGCUGGGUCCCAAACCCCCAUACUGCACACUCGCUCCCUUCCCCCUAUACCCUCAUUGACUCAUUCCUUUGAGGUCUGAAUGGGGGGUGAGCUUAGUUGAAGAGCUACAGGGCGUGCAGCUUUUUGUUCCAGUCMAGCACUAGCACCUGAUUCAGCUCCUGGUCUUGAUGAUUAGUUUAGUAGAAUCAGGUGUGUUGGUGCUGGGCUGGUGCCCACCUCCACCUACCAGMGUUGUGACUAGAGGGAGUACAGCUGCAACCGGACGUGACUUUUCGUCGCAGGUUAGGAGAGCAUUUGAGUUAAUCCUAACUCUUUUCUUAACCUUAAUUCCUAACCUGCCACGUUAAUGAUCCUAACCUGCUGCAUAAAUGUCACUUUCAGUCGUAGCUGUACUCCCUCUAGUCAGAAUCACCUACCAAGGGUGGGGUCAAUAUCUGUUUACUUCCUGUUUACUUCCUACCCCAACCUUUCCUACGCUACCAGAGGACCAGCCACUGCUUUUACAUGUCCAGUUGCCACAGAGCCACAAAGGGAAGUCAACAAGGGUUUAGGGAACAGGUUGGGUUAUCAGUUUGGGAUCCAGCCACUUCACUUGACAUUUUUCUCAACUUGCCACAUAAGCAAAGAGAACACCAACUACUGCCAAAGCAUUUGACAUUGCCGUUCUCAAAAUGUUAACGGUCGACUUUGGGCAGAAAUAACAGCUUUAAACUGUAUAACUGAUCGAUGUGUCAUCAUACCAGGUUAUUUAAUGCUUWAAAAAAAAAAGAUAUAAGAUAUUUGACUAUAGAUGUGCCAUUUCUUACUGAUCUCUACAGUUUCCGGCCACAUUCAAAUCAUGUGAAAUGAUGUCCACAUGUACUGGAAGAGUUACCGGCUAGCGUAGCUAAUGAACUAGCAACGUUGGUUGCGGCACGCCUGACCACAAUAACACAAUGAACCACCAAAGGCACGGCCCAUUUCUGUUUGAAAAUUGAGAAAUAGGCAGAGUUGGACCGUAUUUCACGCCCAGAGUCGACCUUUAAAUGGUUAAUUUUUAGACUAGUGAUCAUUGUCAUAACGCAGGAAUGAAAGUAUUGAAUGACGCACAUUUCUAAAAACACUGUAUAAAAUACUCUGCUUAAGAUAAUCUUUCAAAUACUAAAAAGAGGAGUAUUUUUGAUUAUGAAAACGACCGCAUUUGUAUUACAGCUGUAAAGCAAUCCGACUCAUUUGAGUCCCAUGUGUCUGAAGCGAUGUUGAAUUAGCCUUUUAUUUUUUAACAAGCACUCAUACCAUAACAUUACUCAUAUCAUGUAGAACCAUAGAUCUACAGAGUUCUAGCAGACMAUUGUACAUGUGGGCAGYCCUGGGUUCAAAUAGUAUUUGUUUUCUUCCUUGAGCCAAAGUUUCACUUGAUUGAGCUUGUCUGGCGCAAUGGGACCAAUGGAAUAGUCCAAARGCCAUCCAUCUGGCUCUCCAGUCAGGCUCUAUCAAAUGAUCAAAGAAAAUUGAUACCGUUUUGAAUUUUGAACCCAGGUCUGGUGCCAACAUGGCACCCAUUCGCAUUCCUCAACUGAAACAGUUUGCCGAACUCUGUUUAUCCGUGGCUCUUUCAUCAACCAUCCUGUCAUACUAUUGUGAGAACUAGCUUUGGAAGACGAGACCUCUGUAUCAUUGAAAGUCAUAUUUGYGUCUGGGGAGGGAAAUAAUAUUUACACGUAUUUCAUUUAAAAAUAGUAUUAUUUAAUGGACUGAUGACAUGUUCUGGAUCUAAGUGGAAUGUUUUUAUCAGGUUUUUAUUUCCCGCGGGUAAUGUGGCCGUGAGGAAGAUAGGGUUGCAGAAUCCUGAAGAAUAAAGGCGUUGAAUGUCUGGAC